GCGCCAUCGACCCUCCUCAUCGGCACUCGCCUUCCUAGACCCUUUCAGAGCAGCUCGCGCCACCUUUCGUCAGCCAGCCAUGGCCGCCGCACGGAACUACGUCGACUUCGUCCCGUCGCACGACCUCCUCGAGGACGCCGCCAAGCAGACCCUCGUCGUCAACCUCCCUGGGUUCAAGAAGGAGCACCUGAGGGUGCAGAUCGACAGCUACGGCCGGCUGAGGAUCAGCGGCGAGCGGCCGCUCGAGGACGGCCAGUGGAGCCGCUUCCGCAAGGAGUUCCAGGUCUCCGAGGGCUGCGACGCCAGCGGCAUCCGCGCCAGGUUCGAGAAGGACGGCGUCCUCCACGUCACCAUGCCCAGGCUCACGCCCCUCGAGGACGACCCAAAGGCCGCGGCGGACGCCGCCGCCGACGCAGAAGCUGCGCGGCACGCCGCCGCUGCUGCAGAAGAGAAGAGGCGGCAGGAGGAGAUGGAGGAGGAGGACGCGAGGAAGCGUCAUGCGGGCGAGGAGGACGAUUACGCCAGCGACGAAGGCGAAGGCGCACGCCAGGCGGCGUCUGCCGGCCGGCAGGCGUACGGCUUCGCCCGGGACCGGAGCAGGAGCGGGAUGGUGCGGGCACUGCUCCUCGCCGUGGCGGUGGCCUUGGUUGGCGUUGCUGGCCUGUAUGCUCGGUACAGGUGGAUGGAUCCGUCGGCUGAGACGGCGCCGGCAGAUGGUGCCAUCGUCGGCCUCUCUGACCAUUGAUCACCAACACCAUAUAAGCAUUCGUUCACACUGGUGAAGAAAAGAUCGCUCGAGAAAGCAAUGGCGAAGAUACGGGACUACAAGGGCUGCCUGAAAUACUACGUGUAAAUAUGAUCUCACUACUGUAACAUACACAUUCAAUUGGUGGUUGUACUUGUACAUGAAAAGGAUGACGAUUGGCCA